AGCCUCUCGAAUCAUCGCCGGCGAUCGACGGUGCUGCUGCUUCUACGUCCGGCGAGGAAAUUUUCUGGAUUUUUGUUUUUUGCAUUGAUUAAUCCCAGAGAUUCUUCAUCGAGGUUUUUCAGAUUAUUAGGAUUUGCUUCGACGAGGAAUUUGAAAAAUAUUGGUGAACAACGAAUCGGUGAAGAAUUGGAGCAAAUUGUUUGUUCCUGAGGAUUCAUCAGAGUAGAUUUUGUUGUUUUGGUUAAUGUACAUUUUGGACUUGAGAGUUUGGGGAUUUUGAAAUCUUCGAUUUUGACGGAGGAAGCUAAGUGCUAGAAUGGGUUAGAUAGAAUGAUUGAAAGGAGAUUCGAGUGAUGUUAAACGAUUUGGUUGAGAAUUAUGAUUCGAAAGGGAAUUAGCUCUUUGCAGUUUCAAUGGCUGAUUCCUCGAGAAUUAGUCUCUCUGAGAGAGACGUUGAACAGGCCAUUACGUCACUUAAGAAAGGAUCUUACUUGUUGAAAUAUGGACGUAGAGGGAAGCCCAAGUUUUGUCCAUUCCAGCUCACAAGUGACGAGUCUGCAUUAGUAUGGUACUCUGGCAAAGAAGAGAAGCAGAUUAAGCUGAGUCAAGUCCUGAGAAUUGUUCCUGGACAACGCACGUCUACAUUUAAGAGAUAUCCACGCCCCGAGAAAGAGUAUCAGUCAUUUUCGCUCAUAUGUCCUGACAGGUCCUUGGAUUUGAUAUGUAAAGACAAAGAUGAAGCAGAAGUUUGGGUUGUUGGUUUGAAGUCAUUGAUUACUCGGGUAAAAGUCUCCAAAUGGAAAAACACUAUUAAACCUGAGAUCACUUCGGCGGAAUGUCCAAGCCCUCAUGCACGAAGAGUGUCUCCAUUUGUAACAAUUCUUGAUCAAGUUAUUCAACCCUCUAAUGAGACUUCUACACAAACCCGGUUGGGGAAAGUGUUUUCUGACAUUGUUUCAAUAACUGCACCCCCCAGUAACAAUAAUCAAACAGAAGCCAGUGCCAACCUCUUCUGUCCAUUUUCUCCGACUCCGGUAAAUGUUGAAAAUUCAAAUUUACGAUUCUCGACCAAUGACCCAAUUCGGCUCAGUCUAUCUAGCGCUGUGAGCACCUCUAGCCAUGGUUCAUAUCACGAAGACUUUGAUGCCUUAGGUGAUGUUUUUGUCUGGGGUGAAUCUAUAUGUGAUGGUGUACUUAGCGGCACUGGAAAUUCAUUGAACUCCACGACAGAGGAUGCCCUUUUACCAAAAGCAUUAGAAUCAACUAUAGUACUUGAUGCCCAAAAUAUUGCAUGUGGUAAAUGUCAUGCGGUUAUAGUUACCAAACAAGGAGAGAUCUUCAGCUGGGGUGAGGGAAAAGGUGGAAAGCUAGGACAUGGCUUAGAAACAGACGUCCAACAACCAAAGUUCAUUAGUAGUGUCAGAGGAUUGGGUUUCAAAUCUUUAGCCUGCGGAGAUUUCCAUACAUGCGCUAUUACUCAAUCUGGUGAUCUUUACAGUUGGGGUGAUGGCACUCAUAAUGUCGAUUUGCUUGGGCACGGGAAUGAAUCCAGCUGCUGGAUUCCCAAGAGAGUGACUGGUGCCUUACAGGGACUGUAUGUAUCAUAUGUCGCUUGCGGUCCCUGGCAUACAGCAGUAGUUACAUCAUCAGGCCAGUUGUUCACGUUUGGAGAUGGAUCUUUUGGCGCUCUGGGUCAUGGAGACCGGAGAAGCACAAGUGUUCCCCGUGAAGUUAAAAUCCUAGGUGGACUAAUAGUAACGAAGGUUGCGUGUGGCGUUUGGCAUACAGCUGCACUGGUAGAAGUGACAAAUGAAGCAUCUGAGGCAGAAGUUGGCUCUUCACGCGGGCAAGUCUUCACAUGGGGGGAUGGCGAGAAAGGCCAGCUUGGUCAUGGUGACAAUGAUGCACAACUACUUCCCGAGUGUGUAAUUUCAUUGUCGAAUGAAAAUAUCUGCCAAGUUGCCUGCGGACAUAGUCUCACGGUUUCUCUUACAUCCACAGGACAUGUGUAUACAAUGGGUAGCACGGCUUAUGGACAGCUUGGUAAUCCUACCGCCAAGGGAAACUUUCCUGCACGUGUUGAAGGAGACAUAGUAGAGGCUUCUGUGGAGGAGAUUGCGUGUGGUUCUUAUCAUGUUGCAGUUUUGACAUCUAAAUCAGAAAUUUACACAUGGGGAAAGGGAUUAAAUGGCCAGUUAGGCCAUGGAACCAUUGAGAACAAAAGAGAACCUGUGGUUGUGGGUUUUCUGAAAGAAAAGCAAGUGAAGGCUAUAACAUGUGGAUCAAACUUUACUGCUGUGAUUUGUGUUCACAAAUGGGUACCUGGCUCUGAACAUUCUCUAUGUGCUGGUUGCCGCAAUCCCUUCAACUUUAGAAGAAAACGCCACAACUGUUACAACUGUGGUCUGGUAUUUUGUAAAGUAUGCAGCAGUAGGAAAUCUCUGAGAGCUGCUCUGGCACCUGAUAUGAACAAACCAUAUCGAGUGUGUUACGGAUGUUUUACCAAGCUGAAAAAAUCGAGAGAACCAUCUACUUCUACGCCAACUUCACGGGCCAGAAAACUUUUGAACAUGCGGAAAUCGACAGAUGUUUCAGAAAGAGACAGCUUAACUCAAAAGUUCCUCUCAGCGCAUGCCAGAUUAUCGUCUGCUGACUCUUUAUUGCAUUACGGUGAAAGAAGGCACCACAGACGAGACUUAAAACCGGAAGUAAAUAACAGUAAUGUCUUCCCUUCCAUGAAUGGCAGUUUACAGUCCGUUGGUUCGCCAUUAUCCAAAGGAUCAACAGCUUUGCCUAAAAUUCCCAAGAAUAUGAUGGUUAAAAUUCCUGGUUCAGGAAUGAGCUCUCGCACAACAUCCCCAGUUUCAGUAAAGUCAACUAGUCCACGUCGAUCUUAUGAAGUAGCAGCUGCGGAAUCUAAACAAAUAAAAGACAGUUUUAAUCAAGAUAUGGCGGGUCUAAAGGAACAGGUAGAACAACUUACUUCCAAAACUCACCAACUUGAAGAGGAACUCGAAAAAACCAAAAGGCAGUUAAAAGUUGUCACUGCAAUGGCAGCAGAUGAAGCAGAAGAAAAUAGAUCUGCAAAGGAGGUUAUAAGAUCUCUAACCACUCAGUUGAAGGAAAUGGCAGAAAAACAAUCUCAAAAGGAUGCUAUUAGUACCAACUCAAAGCGCACAGACAAAGAGACAUCAGAGACUGUAACUCAGACUAGUAACCAAACACAUAUAAGAAGCAUGGUUUCUCAUGAUAGUCAACAUGAGAACAAUCUAACAAGUAGGAGCUUCGCUAAUGGGCAUAGGAAACAGAAUGAGAAACCAGAGAGGGUUGUGCAAGACGAACCAGGAGUGUAUUUAACAUUGUUGGCUUUACCUGGUGGUGGUACUGAACUCAAGCGUGUCCGGUUCAGCCGGAAACAAUUUACCGAAGAACAAGCGGAGAAGUGGUGGGGUGAAAAUGGAGCUAAAGUGUAGAAACCCUUCAUCUCCCAUCAUCUUUCUCAUUCAAUCUGCAAAAUUCCGAGAUUCAUGGCUACAACAAGACUUAACUCCUCUUGCCACUUUCCGUCGAGCACAAGACUCUAUAGCGAGAGCUAUCUCGGCCUGAGAGCGACCGCGAGGAUUAGUUAUACCCGUACCCUAACCGCUCCACGGGGCUAUCUUGCUGUAAAAGCAAACGGAGGUCAAGCUUCCGUGGUGACUGCAGCGGCUAUAACGGAGAAGCAACAAAAGAAGUAUCCAGGAGAAUCAAAGGGUUUUGUGGAAGAGAUGAGAUUCGUGGCGAUGAGAUUGCACACAAAAGAUCAGGCAAGGGAAGGAGAAAAAGAAUCUAAAUCUCCGGAGGAAGGUCCGGUGGCUAAAUGGGAGCCGACGGUGGAAGGAUACUUACAGUUUCUUGUGGAUAGUAAGUUGGUUUACGACACGCUUGAAGGGAUCAUUGACGAAUCCAAUUUCCCAACUUAUGCCGGUUUCAAGAAUACGGGAUUAGAAAGAGCAGAGAGUUUGCGGAAGGAUUUGGAAUGGUUCAAGGAACAAGGUUAUGAGAUUCCAGAGCCAAUGGCUCCUGGUAAAACAUAUUCUGAGUAUUUAAAAGAUUUAGCAGAGAAUGAUCCUCAAGCAUUCAUUUGUCACUUCUACAACAUUUACUUUGCUCAUAGCGCCGGUGGCCAAAUGAUUGGAACAAAGGUAUCUGAGAAGAUACUCGAUGAUAAAGAACUCGAGUUCUAUAAAUGGGACGGUCAACUUUCUCAAUUGUUGCAGAAUGUGAGGCAAAAACUGAACAAAGUUGCAGAGUGUUGGACAAGAGAAGAGAAAGAUCAUUGUUUGGAAGAGACAGAUAAAUCGUUCAAGUUUUCCGGGGAGAUUCUUCGUCUUAUAUUGUCCUGAUUUGAUUCACAAACUCUUUAGAUCUUCAAAAAUCAAAAGUCAAUAUUCAAUAAAGCAUUUUGCUAGUU